AAACAAUCUGUAGUCAAUUGAUUUAGUUUAGUGUUAUUUUAGCAGUAGUUGGAAGAGGUAUGACAAAUGGUCCAAAGAUACGUGUAAUUACAUUAGAUAUUUCCUGAGAAAGAGACUCUUGCUUUCGUCGAGUUUUGUUCACAAAUAAGAGCGGUACGGAACAUCAAAGAAUGGAGAAUAUUUUGAAUGUGACUCAAUCGAGGAGGGGGGACCAUCCUUUCCCUUCGGAAGAAAUGGGCACUUGCUUCAGAAAUAUCGGCAGAAUCGAUAUCGAAGAAGACAGCCGGAUACAAGAGCGAGCCGAAGGCUUUUUCAGAUCGCAGAGGGUGCCGAGCGCGUUCAACGCACUGAAGGACAACUACAAGUACGUCAACGUAGCAGGUGCUUCCAGUCCGGAGGACUACUUCUUCGAGUGCCCCUGGGACAACACCAUGCCCAUGAGAAGAAUGUCGGAAAGGGUGUCGGACAUAAAAUUAUAUCCGAGGUCCAGGCACGCCAUCGGCUACGAAUACAACGACUGCUACAACGACCGCCUGGCUAUGAAGAAAGUCGUAAGGACUAAACCCAUGUCCUUCUUUGUCGUCGGCCCUUCCAUGGUCGCUCCUUGUCCAUUAGCGAAGAGGCUUGCUGAAAAAUACGGCGCUGUGUUGAUAGAACCGAGGUCUCUGGUGAAGGAGUAUUUCAAGAACAUACACAGCACGAAGAACAUAGAGUACGAUAUCCUUGAGGACAACACGGUAGUCUCGUCGGAAAAUGCUCACGUUCCUGCCAGGGUGUUGGGCGAGCUGAUCAUCAGGAAGCUCAAGUCGUACGCCGUGUACAAGAGGGGCUACGUUCUGACUGGCAUCCAGUACUGCAAGUACGCCACCCCGGACAACGUGUUCUCCGUGUUGAAUAAGGUGUUCUCGGCCAGGUUCGCUCCCGACGUGGUCAUUUAUGUUGAGGCUACCAUCCCAGACCUGGAAAGCAUAUACGAAGACUACUCGGUGUACCCCAUGUACCCGUACGAAAUGGUCCAAAACUUCACCAACACCGGAAAUGACGAAUUUGAGGCCAGAAGGAAAGAGUACAAGAAGGACCCGAGGGAUGAAAUUUGGCACAAACUUGGCAAAUCCUUGUCCUUCGAGGAGAGUUUGGUUCUUGAGGUUUUGCAGGUAAAUCGUAUAACUUUUUGUUUCGCGGUGUCGAACAAUUUAGCUUUCUAAACAUCCCGUACUUUUGUCGAAACCGAAAUUUUAACGAGGUGAUUUGUUUAGUUCAAAGAUGUGGAUGUAUAUAAACACAAUAAACAGAAUACCCACAUCAUACCAGAGUAUCCCGAACCGGUCAGUUUCAAUCUGAGUCGCAUAUACAAUUCGUUCGAGGACAUAAACGCCUAUUACGAAGCGGUGUUACCUAUUCAUCGUUUUGUGAACCAUAUGGACCACCACUUCGUCUUCAGGGUGAAAGCAGUCACUCCGGGCGCAAACCAGUUACACGUAAAUCCUUUCUUUCUUGCCAAUCCUACCCGAUCGUAAUCCUUUUUUUCUUCUUCCUCGUCAGGUUGUAAUGUCGCGUAUGAAUUGCCUUCC